CCGACAGCGCACAGACCUGGUGGUGCGUUUAAAGACACGGGAUUUGGAUUAAAUAUCUUGGGAGCCGCUGAGCCUUGAGGACGGGGAGGCAGCACGCUGAAGGGCUGCUUUCUGUCUAUCUUGUACGGGAUCGACGAAGAGGAGGAGGAGCAGAGGAGGAGGAGGAGGAGGAGGCGCGGAGAUCUGGUUGUGGCGGCGCACAGCGUGUGGUUGCUGCGCCGCGGUUUAACCAGCGCGCGAUCACACGGCACCGACGCAAACCGAUCGGCUCCUGCUACGGCCACACGACUGAGCAAAAGAGGAGGGAAGCGCACAGAUCCUGUCAGCUCUGCUGAGGUGGACAUGAAAGUGCAGCAAGGCUGCAACUCGUCAGACAUGGGCAUCCCGGUGCGAACGGAGGAGGAACUGCGCAGAAACACCGUUAUAACGCCGGAGGAUGUGCUUGGGUUACAGAAGAUCACCAAGAAUUACCUUUGCUCUCCCGAAGAAAACGUGCACAUGAUCGAUUUCACUAGGUUUAAGAUCCGGGACAUGGAGACGGGGACAGUCCUGUUCGAGAUUACAAAGCCUCCAGCACCAGCAGGUGGCAGAAAAAACUGCGAUCCCAACGCCGGCCGUUUUGUGCGAUACCAGUUCACGCCAGCCUUCCUCCAGUUGCGGCAGGUUGGAGCCACAGUGGAGUUCACAGUCGGAGACACGUCCAUCAACAACUUCCGCAUGAUCGAAAGGCAUUACUUCCGUGAUCAGCUCCUCAAGAGUUUCGAUUUUGAGUUUGGCUUCUGCAUGCCGAGCAGCAAGAACACAUGCGAGCACAUCUACGAGUUUCCCGCUCUGUCCGAAGAAAUCAUGCAUGAGAUGAUCCUGCACCCUUAUGAGACACAGUCUGACAGCUUCUACUUUGUGGAUAACAAGCUGGUGAUGCACAACAAGGCAGAUUAUUCCUACAGUGGAGGGCCAUAAGAAGACCUGCACUAUUCAUCUCCCCAAAAUGAGACAUUUAUCCAAGUUCUACACAAAUUACCACUUCAGGACCAGAAAGUGCUAAAGGAGUCAUUUUAAUCACUUCUAUAGUCGACUGUUUCCUGUGUUCUGGUGUCAAUCAGAUUCAUUCUUUUACUUCUCUGUCUUUUGACAGAAAAGCUACUGUAAUUCCUCCACUUGUGUCAGUGUGCAUGUGAAUGAGUGGGUUGACAGCAUUUGUAGAGUAUUGACUUUCGUCUCCAUAUAUGGAUUACGCUCAGUUACUAGU